UCUGUAAUCGCCCCUUUUUACGGUAUUUUAAAAUUAAGAAAUUAUGCAAAGCUAUAGGAGUUCAUAGAUAUUAAACUUUAUUUAUUUGAAAAACGCAAAGCUUCUUUUAAUUGAGUCUUUCUUGUCAUGGAUCUUAAUUUUUUCUGUAAGGAAUUACCUAAAAUAGAACUUCAUGCACAUUUAAAUGGAUCUUUGAGCCAAGCAACUAUGCUUCAGCUUCAAAGGUAUUAUGUCGACGCUGGCAUAUCUGAUAAAACAAACACAUUUCUCGACGAAUUUCAAAUAGGCGCUGGAGAUACAAGAAAUUUAUCAGAAUGUUUCCAAGUAUUCAGUAUUGCACAUUCAUUAACAAGCACGUCUGAAGCAUUAGUAAUGGCUACAGAACUGACACUCCAAGAAUUUCAAGAAGAUGGGUGUUGUUAUAUUGAGCUGAGAAGUACUCCACGUGACACACAGUACAUAACAAAGAAGCAAUAUAUUGAUAGUAUUAUAAGGGCUAUGGAAAAACCAUCAAUAAACCUCUCUAUCAUAUCUAAAUUGAUUAUAUCAAUAAAUAGGGCAUCCCAGCUACAAGAAGUGGAGGAAAUAGCUGAUAUUGCAAUAGAAAGGCAUAAAAUACACCCUGACACAGUUGUGGGAAUAGAAUUAAGUGGUAACCCAGCAGUGGGAAAUUUUGGAGAUUUUAUACCAGCUUUGAAUAGAGCAAGACAAUCUGGACUCAAAGUAACACUGCAUUGUGGAGAAGUAUGCAAUCCUGAGGAAGUACUGGAAAUGUUAAAUUUUAAACCUGAAAGAAUUGGACAUGGAGUUUGCAUUCACCCUAAAUAUGGGGGGACAGAAGAAACAUGGAUAGCACUUUGCCAAUCAAAGAUACCUGUGGAAGUAUGUCUGACAAGCAACGUGAAUACAAAAAUAACGCCUGAUUACGAGUCUCAUCAUUUCAAAGAACUUAUUGAAGCUGGAUUGCCUGUUGUACUUUGUACUGAUGACAAAGGAGUAUUUGCGACAUCUCUGUCUCAAGAAUACAGGCUAUGUGCUGAAUCAUUUGGACUUACACGGAUUCAAGUAGCAAAAUUAUCUUUAGACGCAGCACAAUACAUAUUUUCAGAAGCGAAUAUUAGAGAGUUAAUCAUUGGAAAGAUUUUAAAAUUUAUGAACGAUUAUGCCUCAUAAUUCUCAAUAAAUGUUUUCAGUAAUUGAAUAAACAGAUUGUC